UGUGUGGAGAUCAAGAAUAUUGUGAAUUAAUUUUUCUUUACUUCGCUAGUUUAAAAGCGUAGAUUUCUGCAGAUGUCUAUCGUUCGCUUUUCAUUCGAAACAGAUCCAGCAUUCCUAAGUCCAUGUUUAACAGCCAAUAUUACCGCUAAAGAAGAGUCUAACCUGCUCCAUCCAAAUAUUCCGAGCCCCAGUUACGUCCACCUUUCCCCACAGGGAGAUUACUUGCAAAGAUGGUAGUUUCUCCAUCGAUAUAUGAAGAAUAGUGCAGAAGUAGGCGGCUAUAUCAGAACCGAUGGAGCUCCACCGUCGAGGAAAUUUUCAGGAGGCUAGUAUAUAGGGAGCCACUGGCGGAUCUAUUAAACAAUUUAAAGAAGGAGAUAUCCUAAUCAGGCACUGCUCCAGUGGAUACCAUUGAGAAAGACUUUGAUGUCAUCCAAGCAAAACUCAGAGGGCAGGACAGGUAAAAUAGCAUUGAUUCGGCGGCCAAUUUAGCAGGCAGUGGCUUGGUUUCUGCCAAAUCAUUGGAUGCUUUGGGUACCUGGAGCUUUUGGCGGCCACCACAUACGCUGACCCUCUCUGGAUCAAUAUCCCUAAUGUCUCUCGUGGCGACAUUCAAAUCAAUUCCGAAUACGUCGCCUACUCAAUCAAUUAUGUGUCUGCCAUCUGCCAGGGGCAGAACGUAUCCAUCAUCACCUGGCCACAAGGCAGCAUAAACACUCAAUGGUCACUGAAAUACUGGCCCUCCACCCAAGACAUCGUUGAGGAUUUUAUUGCCGUUAGCCCUGACUUUGGCGAAACCAUUCUCACCGAGUUCAUAUGUCCUCCUCUGCAGCGUGCCCUCUUCUGUACCCCAGCCUUCGCCCAAUAAGCCUCUAAAUCAACAUUCCUUGACGUAUUGCGUUCCAACGGAGGUGACUCCACAUACGUGCCCACCCCACCACCACCAUAUACUCAGCUUUUGAUGACAUUGUGCAGCCCAUGAGCGGACUUCAAGCUUCUAGCCUAAUGCGCGACGAGCGCAACAUCUGCGUGACCAAUAAUGAGAUGCAGAAAGUGUGCCCCGCCGUCCUGCUGGAGGCAUUUACACGCACACAACCAGUCUAAUCAACCCACUUACAUGGGCGCUGAUCCAGGAUGCUUUGCUUUGCUGAAUCCGGGCCCCGGGAAUACUGAGCGUAUUGGACAUCUUGAAAAGGAGGUUUGCGAUAAGUUCGUCCCUGACGAAUUGGAUAUUGACGAUCUCUUUGAUACAGUGGGUCUCGUCUUUAUUUUCCUGGGAGAAGCGGUGAAUUAUACAGAAAAGACGAACAUGGAACCGGCUACUAAGGGCUACACGGAAAUUUGAGGGUUGACAAACAGAUGACAUUGGUUGUUGUAGAGAAAAUGCAGGAGAAGUAAUUGAUGGAAUAAUCAGUUAUAAACUAUAUUUUUAUAUAAUGAAACAGUGAAGAAACAGCUUUUGCUUGAAUCUUUUAAUAACAGAAGAAC